UGUUGUCUUAUUGCCAGGAAGAGUCUCCUGCUGUUCAUGUUCACAUUACUUUGAGCAGAAUGUCACGCUGGGUUUGGUGACAUCGAGCACUCCACUGCUGACUCUUCUGUUUGUUAAGGAGCUUCAAUGUUUUCUAGUUGCAGGGAACUCUUAUCUGUACUUUUCAGAGCAACUCAAAGUAUUGACAACCAGAGGACUAUCAUGACAGCCAAUAAGAAUGACAUGUUAGCCGUAGCAGCCUCCAUGUUUAGCUUAAUGUGAUCCAUGGCUUCUGUCAUUUUCUGUUUAUCUCAGCUGUCUUGGAAACCAUGGAGUCGGCAGCUCAAGUUCCUGAGUCCACUGAGUGCAAGUGUAAUGGCCCAGAGAGCAGGAAAAAAGAGUAACACCAUGGAUCUAAUAGAAUUAAAUGAGAAGGAGUUAUUAGAACAGUUUGUUCGAGGAGAUGGUCCAGGAGGACAAGCUACUAAUAAAACCAAUAACUGUGUCGUGCUAAAGCAUAUUCCAUCUGGAAUUGUUGUCAAGUGCCAUCAGACCAGGUCUUUGGAGAUAAAUCGGAUGAAAGCAAGAGGCAUCCUCAGGGAAAAAUUGGAUGUUUUGUAUAAAGGAGAAAACAGCGAUGUUAUCAAGGAAAAGGAAGAAGCAAGAAAAAAGAAACUAGAAAAGCAGAAAAAAUCCAGGGAAACUCUAGAAAAGAAAAGGAUUCUCAAGGAGAUGAAAAGCUUAGAAAAUACUGAAUAAUAAAGCGGACGUACACAUGUGGAUCAUAGGCUAAUUGACUUGUUCUUUGAUUAAAAAACAAUGGAUAAAACAGAUGCACAUGGUAUUCAUUACCAAACUGACUAUGUGGGGAUGACCCCGAAGGUAUGGUGCCCAUUAUGAAAUCUCCAUCAUAAUGUUUCUAUACCAAACAGAAAAUACCGUGUUCUUUGUCAGUUCAGUCAUGUCUGUACAUUGCUGCCAAUCUGACAAGCUGUGCAGUCCGAUCUGAGCUGGGCACACAUUCAGAAUGUCAUAUACCUUUUAAACUGUUUGUGAAUAAUAUUUUUCCUUUUGAUUGAAUUGACAUCUUGUUCUGUCUCAAAUAAAAUAUAAAUAUGUUUUAUUAAA